CACAAGCGGCUUAUACAACUUUCACUCAGCGACCAUAACUUUUUUCUGCUUAUAAAACUCUCCCAACUUGCCACCCAAAAAAUAAAUGGAAAGGCAGCGCCACAGUACUAUUCUUGCACCAUCUUGAAUACCGUCCAAAAACCCAAAAACCCUAAUUAGUGUGAAGUGGGGAAGAAUAUGGGAAGGGGGAAGAUUGUGAUUGAAAGGAUCGACAAUUCCACUAGCCGGCAAGUGACUUUCUCAAAGAGGAGAAAGGGAUUGAUCAAGAAAGCCAAAGAGCUAGCAAUCCUCUGCGACGCACAAGUUGGCCUUGUCAUAUUCUCCAGCACGGGAAAGCUUUAUGAAUAUGCCAGCACCAGCAUGAAAUCACUGAUCGAGAGAUAUAACACAUGCAAGGAAGAACAUCACCAUCAGAUGAAUCCAGAAUCCGAAGUCAAGUUUUGGCAGAGGGAGGCAGAAAUUUUAACGCAGCAACUACAGAAUCUACAAGAAAACCACCGGCAAUUGAUGGGAGAACAGCUAUAUGGUCUGACUGUCAGAAACCUACAAGAUCUAGAGAAUCAACUGGAACUGAGUCUCCAAGGUGUCCGCAUGAAAAAGGAACAAAUUCUGAAAGAUGAAAUCCAAGAGCUGAACCGAAAGGGAAACCUUAUCUUCCAGGAAAAUGUGGAACUUUACAAGAAGGUCUUUGGUACAACAGAUAUGGCCACAACAAGCAGAAAUGCAUUUAUUCCACUUUCAUAUGGUAUGCAUGUAGGAGGGAAUCCACAAGAAUUGGUCCAACUUCAGUUAUGCCAGCCUGAACAAGAAGUUUGUGAGACAUUGGACACUGCCACAAAAUGAAGGUCACGUCUAAUUUGGUCUAAUAUUUUAGUAUUACAUUUGGAAAAGAAAGUCAUAAUGAUAUUGCAGCAUAAUAAUCAUACACAUCCAAAGAAGUGAAUAGUUCUUGGGGAUAAAUAUUACUCACUUCACUCAGAGAAUCCCAGCAGAGAACAAUGCACUUCCUGAUAUUGUAUUGGUUAUAUAAAAUCUAAUCAGUAAAAUGAUAUCUGCUUGUAAAACUGCAUAUGGAAAAAAAAAAUCUUGAAUAACACAGCAUGGACAUAAAAUUUUCCUUCUGUAA